UCUGGGGGAGGCGGCAGUUUUAUGUAUCCUGUCGGAGGGGGCUUGGGACCACCACAAGGUAUGGUACCCAUGCAGCAGCAACAGCAACAGCAGCAGGGCUUCCCUAUGGUCCAGGUUAUGCAGCCUAACAUGCAAGGAAUGAUGGGGAUGAACUUUGGGGGACAGAUGCCUCCGGGUGCCAUGCCUAUGCAGGGUGGGAUGGCCAUUGGGAUGCAGACCCCUGGGAUGCAGUUCAUGGGCCAGCCACAGUUCAUGGGCAUGAGGGCCCCUGGGCCCCAGUACACUGCUGACAUGCAGAAGCAGAUGGCUGAGGAACACCAGAAGCGACUGGAGCAGCAGCAGAGGAUGCUGGAAGAGGACAGGAAGAGGAGACAAUUUGAGGAACAGAAACAGAAACUGAGGCUGCUCAGCAGUGUCAAACCGAAGACAGGGGAGAAGAGCCGUGAUGACGCCUUGGAGGCUAUCAAAGGAAACCUGGAUGGUUUCAGCAGAGAUGCCAAGAUGCACCCCACUCCCUCCUCACAGGCUAAGAAACCAGACUCAUCGCCAUCACACUCUGUCACCCCUCACUCUCCCCCCACUGCUUUCUCUGAAGACGAUGAUGAAUUUAGUGACUUUAUUCAGGGGCCAGUAGAUGCCUCUGUCUCCUUUCCCUCCUCUUCCUCCACCUUCCAACUCUCCUCUCAGGCCCACGUCCAGCCUUCAUCCCCCUCCCUAAGGGCAGGUCUAACCCCCUCAUCCUCCUCCCCCUCGUCUACUUCCCCCCUCUCUCAGACACUUCCCGCCUCUGUGUCCAUUCCCACUGCCACGCAAAACUCUGCUGUCAACUCCAGUUCCCAAUCUGCAUUUCAAGGCCCAUCCCUGGAAGAAAAACUAUUCUCUUCAUGUGAUCUCACAGUUGAUAAGAAGGCCCAGGUUAGCUUUAAGCCCCAAAAGUCUUUGGCUGAAAUGUCACCGAGAGCCAGAGUUUCAGCCCAGUUUCAACCCAGCACCAAAGCACGGAACUGGGCUAAAGCCCCCGAGGACUUGAGUUCUGCCUUUGUCACAGAAACUCUGCCUGAGGCCCCGUUGCCAGCUCCUGCUGUCCCCUCAUCAGCUGCUGACUCAUCCCCUCAAUCCAAUGGUGACAGCGGUGUUGGUGUGUACCCUCAACAAGAGCACAUCCAGCCAAUGCUGCCUGGCUGGCUUUACAAUGACAGCCUCAUUCCAGAGAUGUUCAAAAAGGUCCUUGAGUUCACCAUGACUCCGGCGGGGAUAGACACGGCCAAGCUUUAUCCCAUCCUCAUGUCAUCAGGUCUUCCCAGGGAGGCGCUAGGGCAGAUCUGGGCGUCAGCCAACCGCACAACACCCGGCAUGCUAACCAAGGAGGAACUGUAUACUGUACUCGCUCUUAUUGGUGUGGCACAGAGUGGCCUCCCAGCGUUGAAUGUAGAAAUCUUAAGUCAGUUCCCUUCUCCGCCAGUGCCCAACCUACCUGCCCUGGCUAUAGCUAUGGCCCCUGUCAUAACUCAGCACCAGCAGCCAAUAAUGACACAGCCUCCAGUAUCCUUGGCCAUGUCCACACCAGCGCCACCAGUCAUAGGCAUGACGUCUGCUGCUCCCACUCAAGCACUCCCAAAUACUGGUUUCAUCACCAAUUUCCCCCCUGUACAGGGGACCAAAGCUGAUGAUGACGAUUUCCAGGACUUCCAGGAGGCUCCAAAGGCAGGAGCAGGAGAUCAGGCUUUCACUGAUUUCCAGGGGGAGUCGGGGGGGAACUUCCCCACUACGACAGCACCUCUGGCCCAGAGCAGUGCACCUACCAUGCUGACUCCUGUAUCGGGAUCCUCCUCCGCCUCGUCCUCUGAUAAGUACGCAGUCUUCAAGCAGCUCUCUGUGGAGCAGCCUGUAGAGCCUACACCCACAGCCUCAGAUUUGGGUGACAAAUACAGUGUCUUCAGACAGCUUGAGCAACCUGCUGACAAGAAACCAGUUGGGGAAGGAUUCGCCGAUUUCAAGUCUGUCAGCACUGAUGAUGGCUUCACAGACUUUAAAACCGCCGACAGUGUCUCUCCACUAGAACCUUCAGACCAGGCCAAGAUCUUUCAGCCUGCCUUUCCCUCUGCUUUUCCUUCCUCUCAGUCUCUACAGCCAGUCCCGCAACAACAGCAACAGCCAGCAGUCUCCUCUCUCUCUCAGCCUAAAAACUCUCUUAACAUGGCAGACCUAGACCUUUUUUCUUCUAUGGCUCCCUCUGCUCCCGCCCCUGCUGAGACAAAAUCCAGCCCAUUCCCCCCAGUGUCUGUGGCUCCUUCUCUAGUGCUGCCCCCAGGUGGAACCAAGCCCUCGGGGGGAGGGGCAGAUGAUUUUGGGGACUUUGCCCUAUUUGGCGCCUCCUCCGAGGCUGCUCAAGGCCCCGUCAUUGGAGGGGGUGUGGCAGCCCCUCAGGACGAUUUUGCUGACUUCAUGGCCUUUGGCAGCUCCAGUGUAGAGUCCAAAGCUGAGGGCAGAGUCAUUGGUAGAGAGACAACCACACAACAGCGUCCUCAGCAGGGCUCGGACAAGUACGAUGUGUUUAAACAGCUGUCCUUGGAGGGAGGCCUGGCAUAUGACGAUACCAAGGAGAGCGGCGGUGGCUCCUUUUCCUCGCUCAAGAGUGACACAGAUGACUUUGCUGAUUUCCAAUCCUCAAAGUUCUGCACAGCCCUCGGGGCUUCAGAAAAAAGCCUGGUGGACAAGGUGGCAGCAUUCAAACAGGCCAAGGAGGACUCUGCCUCUGUCAAGUCCUUGGACCUCCCAUCCAUUGGGGGCAGCAGUGUGGGUAAGGACGACUCUGAGGACGCUCUGUCAGUGCAGCUGGACAUGAAACUGUCGGACAUGGGCGGAGACCUGAAGCAUGUGAUGUCGGACAGCUCUCUGGAUCUGCCGGGCCUCUCAGCCCACCAGCCCCCCGCUGCAGAAGGAGACGACAUGAAAUUUGACCCCUUUGGAACAUCAUCCAUCAGCAGCCUGGCUACCUAUGAUUGGUCAGACAGGGAGGAAUGUCUGUCUGGUGAGGCCAGGAAGCCUCAGGGUCUGGAAGGGGCAGCCCUUUCCUCCUUGGCCCCUGCCCACAGGAAGGAGCUGUCCUUUGGGAGCAGCGAGAACAUCACGAACACCUCCAUAGCCAAGAUCACCACUUCCUUCCCCACAGAGGAUGGCUUGUCAGGAGGCCACAAGUUUGGAGCUUUCGCUGACUUUGGCUCUGGUGAGCAAGGUGGCGAUGACGAUGAUGAUUUUGGGGACUUUGCAAGUACUGUGUCAGAGAAGUCUGACUCUCCAGCUGCCGCGACUGAGGCAGGCAGUGAGGGGAACCAGGAUGAAGCCUCUGAUGAGUUUGGGGCCUUCCAGGGGGAUAAGCCGAAGUUUGGCAAAUCUGACUUCCUCAAGGCCAGCUCUCAGGCCAAGGUCAAGUCCAGUGAAGAGAUGAUCAAGAAUGAACUUGCAACCUUUGAUUUAUCUGUUCAAGGCUCCCACAAGCGAAGUCACAGUCUGGGGGAGAAGGAGAUUUGGCGUUCCCCCCCAUCGCCUGCCCCAGAGCAGCCCUUCAGGGACCGCUCCAACACCCUAAAUGAGAAGCCCGCUUUGCCUGUAAUCAGGGACAAAUACAAGGAUCUGACUGGGGAGGUGGAGGAGAGCGAGCGUUAUGCGUACGAGUGGCAGAGGUGUCUGAAAAGUGCCCUGGAGGUCAUCACCAAAGCCAAUAAUACCCUGAAUGGUAUCAGCAGCUCCUCUGUCUGCACUGAGGUCAUCCAGUCUGCUCAAGGCAUGGAGUAUCUGCUGGGUGUGGUAGAGGUGUAUCGUGUUACGAGGCGUGUCGAGCUGGGCAUCAAGGCAACGGCUGUGUGCUCCGAGAAGCUGCAGCAGCUGUUGAAGGAUAUCAGCCGUGUGUGGAACAACCUCAUGGGCUUCAUGUCCCUGGCCAACCUAGCGCCUGAUGAAAGCUCCCUAGACUUCUCCUCCUGUAUCCUGCGGCAUGGCAUCAAGAAUGCCAAGGAGUUGGCUUGUGGGGUGUGCCUGCUCAAUGUUGACUCCCGCAGCAAGAAUAAAGAGGAGAGCACUAUUGGACGUCUGUUUAAACGAGCUUUUAACUCGGAGACGGACAACUUCAAGCUGCUUUACGGGGGCCACCAGUACCAUGCCAGCUGUGCAAAUUUCUGGAUUAACUGUGUGGAGCCUAAACCCCCAGGCCUCAUACUGCCCGACCUGCUCUGAGUUUCGGCCGCUGCUGCCAUGGCAACGGGCACUUACGGCAGUUAGCAUCAGAUAGGGCGCGUCGGCGUUCAGCCAGCUGCCUCACGCUGCAUGGACUCUCACCUUGGGCAGAGAGCAAGAACAUUGAAGGACCUUAAGAGACACUGGAGCCCCUCCCCCUAUUUAUUUGACCCCAUUAUCUUCUCCUCAGUCAAACACAGAAGCGGACUCAACUGUUUGGGACUGAGGCCGUGUGCUCGGUGACUACGGGCGGUCUGUUCAAAUUCAAGGUAUUUUACAAAGCCUUUUUUUCCGAUGUGGUGAAGUACACUGUGGUGUCAUUAUUUCCCUUUUGCUCCGUAUAUCCAUCUCCCUGAAAUACUUCUAUACUUAUAAGUCACCCUUUUUUUUUAUUGCUGAAUAUUGCAUCAGCAAUGUUUUUAGUGAUAAUCUUCUAUGAAACAACAGUCAAUGUCAAAAUUACUGACCGGGUCUCAUGUCCGACGGCCUGACAUUAUUAGAACUGUGCAAUAUGAGAAGACACUGGCAGAAGGAGGACCUUUUAAAGUGCGAUGAAAUGUAAACUUACCUUCACUCUUCUUUUAUACCAUUUAUCGCUUUACCUCCAUUUGAUGAGAUUGGCUAAAAGGGAUUUUAUUCAAGGAUGAUUUGAAGUCUGUUCUGCUGUCUUUUUUCCCUGUUCGACCAGAGCUGUCAAAUCCUCGGUCUGUUGCUGAAAUUUAAUCGCUUUGAUGGCCUGCUCUCUUAAAUGAUGUCCCAUGAUACUUAACAUUUAAAUAGAUUUUUUUUUCUUUUAACAUUCAAACCGACUGCUGUGCUGGAAGCCAGAGAUAUCUACUGUUUUAUGUUUGCGUUGGUGUCUUUUGUUGUUUUGUUGUUUGGUGGGGAUUUCUCCAGCUUUCAGAGGUUUAUGGGAUAUUUAAAUGGGACAUCUAGGUGUUUGCAUUAAAGCUUUUCUAAGAAACAAAAUGGAAUCUAGCAACUCAAUUCAAGUUGCGUUUGUGUUUUUCUCUCUUGCUAUACUGGUGUGCACAGUAGCGCUUAUCAUGAUGCUUUGGUAGAUGUGAGUCUGGAGUGAAGUCAACUGAUCUAGAGGUGAAAUUGCUGCAGCACUUUGAGUAUUACAGUGUCUUUAAGUAUUGUAAUUAAUCUAAAGUGAAAUGUAAAUAAAUGAGUUCG